AUAGGUUUAACGUUAAGCGAGACAAUUUCUUCCGUUCGCAUUUCCAAAAAAAGGGAAAUUAUAUUUCUAUUAAUCAGUAAUCACCUUGAUCACCUUGAUCAAAAAGAAAAGAUUUCCUCUCGAAUAAAGUUGCAAAAGGCAAAAUCUUCGUCUUCCAAGCUUUCGCUUUUCAGGUUGUUUUUUACGGUUUCCGAAAGAUUUCGGUGCUCGUAAAUUCAUGAGAGCAUGCAGAUUCGCUUCGAGGACCUUCGGUGUGUUUAUGGGCACCGAAAAACAUCGUUCCCAGUAUUUUUCUCGAGAGCCACGCGCUCGCUGGCGAGAUCCUGCGUGUUAGGCAAGCCGUAGCUACUAUAUUGAUCUACCUGUCCGAGGGCUAUAUCGGUCCGCGUGUUUCGGUGCAGUACCUUCCAGUCCACCAGCGCGAGAUCAACGUUUCCUCCUGGAGCUUCUCUGGCGAUCACGUUUCGUCUUGCGAAAUAAUCCUCGAAGUUUGUUCUUCAACCGAUCGUCCACUGGCCUCGGGACACCAUCAAUCGGUCACGAUGGAUCCGCCAGGCUCGUCGCCAGAAAAGACACUCGAUAGUGAUCCAAUCGCAGCCACUUUUCCCUCUUCUGUCAGAGUUCUGUGAAUCUUCGUGCCUGUUUUCGAGGAAUCCGUGCAUAAUCUGUGCCAAUCUCGGCACUCGUAAGGGUUGACAGACGCAUUCAUGGUUCGUUUCCGCAGUUUCCUGCAGGAGGAUGAUUAAAAGUACGCAGCCUCGGUCGUUUCGAUGAGAAAAUGCCACGAUGCUGCGGCGCGUCUUUGGUAUCCGUCAUGGACGGCGACGGGUCCCCGCAGAGUCUCGGUUUGCAGAUUCAGGACGGCAACCCCCGCAACAAGACAGCCCUAGCGCCCGGCCAUAGUCUGAUGGACUGGAUCCGAUUGACUAACUCGGGCGUCGAUUUAACAGGCGUCGGUGGCGUUCCACGAGUCGUGUCUCUGUCCGAGCUGGCCAAUCAUAACAAGCAGAAUGAUGCUUGGAUCGCAAUUAGAGGAAUCGUGUUCAACGUGACACGUUACAUGGACUUCCAUCCAGGAGGGACCAGCGAAUUGAUGAGGGGCGUGGGCAAAGAUGCGACGAAACUGUUCGAAAACGUUCACGCUUGGGUCAACUACCAGAGCAUCCUUCAGAAAUGCGUGGUUGGAAGGUUGAGCCGUGGAUCCAUCAGCGGCCCAUCAUCGUCACCUCCAGAAAACACAUCUCCGGGAACAACGGAUUGCGCGUCCGCUGCCCUAGACUUAAUUAAAAGCUGUACGACAGGUAGCAACAGCCAAGAAAGUGUCUCCGAAAACAGUCCUGCGAACGCUAAAAUGGACUGGAGACAGACCUUGGAUGCAAUUACACUGUUCUAUCAGACAGUGAAGGAUUAUCCUAGCGUUUAUUACCAGGUGAGAAGAAUAAGCGACUCGAAGCUGGUCUUCAAGCUAUUCUUCGAGAAGGACGUGGUCACACAUGAGUUAGAACUUGCAGCCCCAAUAGAAUGGCCGCCGGUUUGCAAAAGGAACUUUGAGACCACCGAGGUGGAUUUCACGUUUACCAAGAAGACAAAGGAGCUGUGGAAGACGCAGGGUAGUCACACAAUAUGGCGGGAGCGAAACACUAGCAACCGGUCGUACAAAGAGUACGAAGUAGUCUCUAAUACACCACUUUCCAAGUUAGUCCAUUUGUUGGUUCUACGAGCGAAGGACUCGUUGGAACUAGUGCCCAUUGGGAAACACAUACAGGCCAGGAUGAACGUGAUGGGGGUGGAAAUAACGCGAUCGUACACCCCCGUCCCACCGUGCCUUCACCCUGACGACAUGGCGCCGAGUUACGAGUCUGACUGCGUGUGUCUGAUGAUCAAGAAAUACCAGAACGGCGCGCUGAGUCCGUCCAUAACCGGCCUACAAGCCGGUCAGACCCUUGUGCUAAGCAAUGCUUUAGGUGCCUUUGUAGUUGAAUCGUUUGAUCGUUAUUCUGUCAUUCACAUGCUAGCUGGCGGCACUGGGCUGACCGCGAUGCUUGGGAUCAUUCAGCGGGCUUUGGCCAAGCGUACUGUGAAAACUAUCAAUCUCCUCAACUUCAACAAAGAUGAGGACAACAUGUUCUACGUGGAGCAGCUAGAAAAAGCUAGCACGAAUACGAAGUUGACAGUGAUGCAUAUUCUUUCACAAGCGGAUAGUAAAUGGACGGGCACACGCGGCGUCGUGUCUGACAACUUAUUGAAGCAGAUGGUUGGACAACAGAAUCCUGAAGCGUGUAUCUUCACAUGUGGUCCACGUGGAUUCAUUCAGGCAGUGACCAAAUCCAUACAGAACCUUGGCUGGAAACCCUACCAAACGUAUAAUUUCGACGAUUAGCCGUCUUCAGCGAAAGUAUAACCUCCCCUUUUGAUACCGAAACUCUGAUAGUCGAGCUUUGAUUCAAGGAAACAAUGAUACCGCCGGGUUCUCGAGCGAGAGAUACCCUUUUUGGAUACUUUUACUCCUAUUUCCGCCCACAGUGUCAGUAACCGGUGUGUAUCAACCGAGAACGAGCAGUCUAGAACUAAAUCGUCAUCUUAUUUUAUCUAUUUUUCCAAAAAAACAAAAGAAACAAAGAAAUAUUCUUCAAAGUCUCAAGUGUAACUCGAGUACGAUUUUAAGAUCUCUACUUUUUUCUCGAAUCUGAAUUCGUAGAGGAAUACAGAUCUUCUAUGUUCUUCUAGCAACAUAUCCGAAUUGCAUUUGGUCAGGUUGAAUCAUGCUGGACAGAUUAGAUAUUCUUAAUAAUCAGACAAAGAUCUCAAGAACUUAAAGAUUUGUUGAACAUCCGUUCUGUCCAAUUGCAUCACCUGCACCAAAUUACUCCAUACACAUUUCUAUGCGAUAAUUCUGUGACUAUAAAAAAAAACGCCGCAAGUCACAAUUUCAAAAAAUUUUAGUUAAUACAUUAAUUGAUCUGUAGCAUAUAGGACUUACGUACUUAUCAGAAAGAAAUCACGAAAACAAAUUCGAUAAGCUCACAAAAAUUAUGCAAUUUGAAAAACUACUAAUAUCAAGCACUUAUGAUCGGAACUUUAAGCGACAAUAUCACGAAAGUGAAACAUAUGACAUGCGGCACUCUUCCUUGCAACCACAGAAUUUCUUGCAACCGUUGCUCGAAAGUAUUUGGUUAGCCGCUCUAUAAAAAACGAAUUAGGUUUUUUCUGCAAAAGAUGCGACUGAUGAAAGUUUGUGUAUACGGUGAUUUUUAUUUAUUCUUCUCAUGAAUAUCCUGAGCAACCAAUCACGUUCGAGCAGCAGCGUAUGCAUCACAUUUUGUAUCAUAUCUAGCGAACGUGACGAAAGAAUAGGAGUAAGGGUCUUUAGAUGAAAGUCAUAGGUUCUACAGAGGUAUACAGCUCGUAACGACAAAUUAUUUUUUAUGGGAAUUGUAAUUUUAACACUGUAUCCGCGCUAUACACUUCGUGGAGAGCUGUAUUUUUAGCGAUUUAUCCGAGAACGUAUAUAUUUGAGAAAAAAAGCAGGCCGAAUUGAAACAUUGGUGCUAUCCUUUUUCGAGAAGACAAAUGUUUUUCGUUUACACGUUAACAAACCAACAUUGUGAUUGUAAGCGUAUUUUCGGAUCGAUGUGCUUUGUUUUGCAAAUUACGAGUACAAAAGGUGAGAAACGGUUGAGCAUGUUUUACAGGAACGUUGAAUGUUGUUUCGCGAGAGUUGUAGGUAGAAUCUUGGAUGUCCUGCUGUUACGAAAAUAAAUUUCUGGUGCCAAAGUGAAUGUGUAGAAGAUCGAAUCGAUCGAUUAGAAACGCGAACAACAGUGUGGCCUAAUAUAGGAGAAGCUCUCAGAAUACACUAAAUAGAAGCCUGUGGCAUCGAUCAUCUGAAUUUUUAUCGGUUUCUUCGACACGGAGCAAGCAACUUACUUAGGCGAAGUUGUAGAUAGAAAGCAACGAUUUAGCUCGCCAAGAAAUUUUACUCGUGGAAAUAUAUAUAUAUUGAUUUGUAUAUUCGAUCGCGGGUAAGUUUCGCAGCUCCAGACAUUUUCGGUUGAAGACGGUCGUAAUUCAGUAUAGAGAGUUUAUUUCUUCUCGUGAAACACGGUUCUUUGGAAUUCUUAUUCGAGUAUGGACCACUUUCUGCAUUUACGUACGAGUUAAUACGCGUAUAUGUGUAUGUAUAUGUGUGUACAUAGUUGUUACCAGAAAUAAAUGAAUAUUUGAUGGCUCCACA